CGCUCUCUCUACCUUAAUUCUCUCUCCUCUUCAAAGAGUUUUUCUUGGUGACCAAGUUUCGAUCUUGAUCUCGAAAUUCUUCAACAAUGGCGGUUGAUUGCGGGUACGAGAAGGCAAGGAAGAGGAGCAAGAUGAAACUUUUGGUUGGCGAACACGUAGAGGUCCGAUAUUCUGAUGAAGGGCUUAAAGGGUCCUGGCACUCAGGCACAGUCAUCGGUUUGGAAAAACACACUCGUCUUGUUGAAUACAGAAAUCUUGUGGGCGAGGACAACUACUCAAGACUUAAAGAACAAAUUCACGUAUCUGAUGCUAUAGAAGGUCUCACUGUUACAACCCAGAAGAACUACCGGGGCCAUAUCAGGCGUUUACCUCCUCCUCGUGAAAUCCAGAAAUCCGAAAUCAAAUAUGGACUAUGUGUUGAUGCAUUGGUCAAUGAUGCUUGGUGGGAAGGCGUAGUAAUUGAUCAUGCUGAGGAUUCGAAAGAAUGUUUGAUCUUUUUUCCUGAUCAAGGUGAUCAGCAAAUUGUUAAUAUUGAUAAUUUACGACUCACACAAGAGUGGAAUGAGGUCUCAGGGCAUUGGAGGCCUCGAGGUGAGUGGGUAUUUCUUCAAGUGCUUCAAUCUUUCAAUGAGGAUGAGGAACUGCCGGUAUCAGUUAGACAAAUUUGGUUCGAUUUGAGAGCUACUGAUGCAUUCUCUGAGAAAAUUGGAGUCUGGAUUUUUGGUUCUCAAUCUAUUUGGCACAUGCUGGUUUCAGAGUUGAUACAGGAGUUGCGAACAGUUGUCCUUGGUGGGAGUUUUUAUAAGCAGCUUGUUGAUAUUUCAAAAAGUAAGCUUUCUGAUGAAUUUUCUGCUCAGAAGUAUAAAAAUGAUCACUGUGGUUCGAAGGUUUCUAUCUUGGCUGUUGAAGAAAACUGUGAUUUUAUUGUAGAAGCUAGCAGAAUUUAUGAAAACAAUUUUGGUAGAAAAAACUCAAGUACUGCAGAGCCCUGGAAGCCUAUCAAUCUUGAGGCAGCAUAUUAUCCUGAAGCUGUAAUGAUCUGUGUGAAUGAGGAGCGGAUAAAUGGAAAGAAAGUUUAUUGCAAAGUCAGCAAUGUAGUAGAAAAAGCUAGAAAGCAUCUUUUAGCUCUUGGCUGGAAGAUUGAAACUAGACAAACUGAAACAAUUGUAAGGGUUCGUUAUAUUUCACCUGAGGGGAAAUGCUAUCAUUCUCUUCGCAAAGCUUGCUGUUCUUUGCUGCAAGGUCAUCCAAAGUGGGAGGAGAAGCAAGGAAAUGAUGAGCGUACUGAUAAAAGCUACGUGAAAUCUAAUAUCAGUAAUAUUGUUCAUGAAAAUUUUCAUCAUCUGUUGAAGAGUAGCAAACAUCAAGAGGACUCUAUUCUUGAUCCAAAAUCAAACAGGAUAACCACAGAGAAAUCACAGUCCUUAUCCAAAAUGAUUGACUCUGGUGUCAUUGAGGAGAUUUCAUCUAGCAUCUUUGAAGAACAUUUCGGUUUAGAAAACGCAUCUCUUUUGGAUGAUAAUCUUGAACCAGGGAGCUUUCCUCGAGCAGUAUUUGAUUAUAAAAAGUACUGUGAUUUGUCAAGAGGCAAAGGAAAGCAUAUUGCAUCAUGUGAACUCAAUGUCAUUAGGUUGAAUGCUCGGAGACAUCUUAAAUUUAUGGGUUGGAAAUUUUGGAUCAAAAUACAAGAAAGAAAUGCGUUGUUCAUCACUUCUCCUACUGGCAAGCCUUUUCGAUCUCUUUAUUCAGCCUGUGUUGAGUACUUGAGAGAAGAAAAUCUGAAGAGGGGUACAAACAGAUUAAGGAAUUACUCUAAAUUUUCAGAAUCUACUGAAAUUGUAGCUGAAAGAAAUAGAAGAUCAAAGAGAAGGAAAAUGGUUUCUCAAAUUGACACACAAUCAAAGAAAAGGCCACAGCAGAUCAAUGUACAAACUUCAAGCCAGCGUGCAGCUAGAACAGUGUUAUCUUUGCUUAUAGAGAAUGGCAUGGUAAAUCUAAGGGAUAAAGUAAGCUAUAUUCAUAAAUCAAACGGGCAGGUUUUGAUGGAAGGGCACAUUACAAGUGACGGGAUAAAGUGCAAGUGUUGUAAAAUGGUGUACAAUCCUAGCAAUUUUGAGGUUCAUGCUGGAAGUAAAUACCACAGGCCUUAUGCGAGCAUAUUCUUACAAAAUGGAACGUCAUUGUUGGAGUGCCAAAAGAAGAUGGUACAAGAGAAGAAGCCUAAAUAUCUAAAUCGCCAACGAAUGAAGGUUGAUUGCUGUCAAUACAAAAGUGAUACUGUUUGCUCUAUCUGUCACGAUGGUGGUGAUCUAAUUCUAUGUGACCACUGCCCGUCUUCUUUUCAUCUUGGCUGUGUGAGUUUGGAGAGUGUGCCGGGUGGAAAAUGGUUUUGUCCAUCCUGUCGAUGUGGCAUUUGUGGCAUGAGUGAAUUCAAUUCUGCCACUGAACAGUUCUCGGAGAAGACAAUAUUGUAUUGUGAUCAAUGUGAACUUGAAUAUCAUGUUGGGUGCAUAAGGAAAAGAGGGGACGACAGUUUACGUGAUUAUCCAGUUGGAAAUUGGUUUUGCAGUAAAAAGUGCUCAAAGAUAUUUCUCCAUCUGCGGCAACUUCUGGGGAAAUCUCAACCAACAGCUAUAGAAGGUUUAUCAUGGACUAUUUUGAGAUCAAGCAGAGAAAAUGGUGUUGAUAAUUUGCAAUUUGAUGCUGAGAAAAUAAUUGAGCAUGAUAGCAAGCUCUGUGUUGCGCUUAAAGUACUUCAUGAAUGCUUUUUGAGUAUUAAAGAACCUCGUACAGGGAGUGAUUUUAUGGAAGAUCUUCUAUGUAAUAGAGAGUCAGAGCUGAGGAGGUUGAACUUCUAUGGAUUUUAUACCAUGCUUCUGGAAAAGGAAGACGAACUAGUUUCUGUGGCUACGUUCAGGGUCUUCGGGGAUAAGGUUGCGGAAAUGCCUCUUAUUGGUACUCGUGUCAAAUAUCGCCACCAAGGAAUGUGCCGCCUUCUUGUGAAUGAACUUGAGAAGUUACUGUCAGGCUUGGGGGUCCAAAGUCUUGUAUUGCCUGCAGUACCUCAGCUUCUACGGACAUGGACUUCAUCUUUUGGAUUUAACAAGAUGAGCGAUUCCAACAGAUUGAAUCUCUCAGAGUACACAAUUCUCUGUUUUCAAGACACUACAAUGUGCCAGAAACUCCUAAGAAGAGAUCCGACUAUUGCAACGAAGCCUGAAGGACACCGUAAUGAGUUAACGGGCUUAGCCAGAAGUAGUAUGGAGAUGGAUUCUGAUAUCAAUCAUUUUAACCAGAACAACGGUCAAAUUGAAGCUGAAAAAUUCUUCAGUAGCUACUUGUAUAAACCCGGUAUU